AUGUUCUAUUGUACAGUGAAAGAUUAGGAGAUGGUAUUUAAAUAAGGAGAUAAGGGAAGCUCAUACUUUUUGAUUGAAAGAGGCUAAUGUUAAAUAAUAAUAAAUAAUGAUGUAAAGAAAACCUUGAAAUCUGGAGAAGCAUUUGGAGAAUUAGCCUUAUUGUACAAUGCUCCAAGAUCUGCUUCAGUGAAAGCUAUUGGAGACUGUGCCUUUUGGGCCAUAGACAGAAAUACAGUUAGGAAAGUGAUAGAGGAAAUCUCGUUGAAGGAUUACGAGUAGAAUAAGGAGUUUAUACAAAAAGUUCAAUUUUUUGAGUCACUUACUGAUGAGUAAAGAACUGCAAUUACAUCUGUUCUGAUAACUCUUAACUUUAAAGCAGGCGAGAUAAUUGUGAAUGAAGGUGAUUAAGCCGAUUCAUUUUUUAUAAUAAAAAAAGGAGAGAUUGAAAUAUCUAAAGGAGGCAAAUAGUUGAGGAUCAUGCAAUAGGGAGAUUCUUUAGGUGAAUAGGCAUUGUAAAGUAACUCUGUAAGAGGGGCAACAGCCAAAGCACAUAAAGAUGUCAUACUAUUGGCAUUGUCAAGAGAUGAUCUGACUAGAAUAUUGGGAGAUAAAAUAUAGACUAUUAUGUUCUUGAAUUUAUAAAGAUGGGCAUUCGAGCGUCAUCCUAUAUUGAAAUAACUUACUAAACUUUAAGUAGAAAGGAUAGUAAGUAGUAUGGAAUAAAAAUAAUUUAAAUAAGGAGAAGUCAUUUUGGAGAAAGGGUAAUAAUGCACUCAUUUGAUCGUUGUUCUUACGGCUAAUAUGUAGUAUGGAUAGCAAUCGAUUGAGAAAGGGUAAAUGUUUGGUGAUAAGUUUUUGGAAUAAUAAAAUUAAAAUUUAACUGAUUCUUUGACAAUGAAAUCAGACGGAUUGAUAAGUCAGAUAUAAAUUAAAGUCUUUUUUGAAAUUAUUGGUGGUACUUUAGAACAAAUCUUUUUAAAAAAUGAGAAAGCACAUGAUAGAUUCAUCAAAAAAGAAGAAGGGUAAAAGAAAGAUUAGUAUGAUCAUUUUAAAUUAGAUGAAUUAAUCUCAAUUAAAAAAUUAGGUCAAGGUUAAUUUGGUAAUGUCUAUUUAGUUCAUAAUAAAACAGAUAAGAAAAAUUAUGCUCUUAAAUGCAUAUCAAAAUUUUAAAUAAUUGAAUAAAAUCUGGAAAAGCAUUUGGCCUAGGAAAAACAAACUUUGCAAACUGCCAACUUUCCACUUAUUAUGCAUUUCGUUAAAAGCUUUUAAGAUAAAAACUACAUCUACUUUCUAGAGGAAUACAUCAAAGGAAUGGAAUUAUUCGAUGUCAUUAGAGAAAUUGGACUGUUAAAUACUUACGAUUCUCAAUUUUAUAUUGGAUCACUAAUUUUAUGUAUGGAAUAUCUCCAUCUCAAUAAUAUCAUUUAUAGAGAUAUUAAACCAGAAAAUAUUAUGGUUGAUGAUAAAGGGUUUAUGAAGUUAAUUGAUCUGGGAACUGCUAAAAAUCUUAAAAACAAGAAUGGUAGAACAUAUACUAUUAUUGGAACUCCUCAUUAUAUGGCUCCAGAAAUAUUAUCUGGAAAAGGAUACACCUAUUCCGUUGAUCUAUGGUCUAUAGGUAUAUGCUUGUAUGAAUUUAUGUGUGGUAAUGUUCCCUAUGCAGAAGAUGCAGAAGAUCCAUAUGAUAUUUACGAGGAAAUCUAAAAAAAAGCUUUGAGCUUCCCUUCUGUUCUCAAAGAUCGAAAGGCUAAAAAACUAAUCGAAUAACUCUUAAGCAAGACUCCUGAGUUGAGAUUAGGAUCAUCAUAUGCAAGCUUAAAAAACAAUUAAUUCUUUGAACACUUUGAUUAUGAUUCGUUAAUGAACAGAGAUUUAAAGCCUCCCUACCUUCCGCCCAAGAGCAAAUUAUAAAGUGACAAGGAAAUCUAAAAAGCAAUCUAGGCUGGGAAACUAAUUACUGAAGAAAUCAAGAGUGAUCCAACAACAACUAAUAACAUAUAUAAACCAGAAAAAGCCAGAGAUCCUAAUUGGGAUAAGGAUUAUUGA